UCCAGACAAGGGAAGCGCUUCAGCUGGUACGGAGCCCCGUGCGGCGCAGAGACGCAGACAAUAGCACCGAGAGCGGUCUGUGUGCGGGGACAACGCGCUGUCUUUAUUUGUGCCAUUUUGGAUUACUUCCACUGUUAUCCCAUCGGCUGUCUAUACCCAACGCUGGUUCGGUCCCUCAUGCUGAUCGCAUACUCCACUUGGUGAUUGUUCGCGCCAACGCCAUGAGUGGGCUGUUCAAGAGGAAGUUUGAGGAGGUGGAUGAGGACCCAUGCUACUCCUCACCCUCCUCCUUCUCCUCCGCCUGCUCAGGCUGGGACUCUGAGGGGGAGAGCUGCUACUCGGACACCCUGGAUUCCACUCCCAGCAACCCCAGCUCCCCGGCAACACAUUUCAACACAACGUCCAUCCUUAAGAAAUCCAAGCGAGCGCGGCGGGGCAACGUGACCUUUGACCAGGUGACGGUGUUCUUCUUCCCCCGGUGCCAAGGCUUCACCAGUGUUCCGAGUCGCGGAGGGUGCACUCUGGGCAUGAUGCAGCGACACAGCGUGCUCCGCACGUACACGCUUGCCGAGUUUGCGGUGGAGCAGCGUCUCCUACGCAGGGAAAAGGUCCUCAACCGACUCAGGGAGGAGAAGCUGGAGGCUCUCAAAUUAAAGCUGACUAAGAAUGGCACCCAAGAGAACGAGGAGGCGGAGCGCCUGACGGUGGACGACAUCCCCGAGCAGGACGUCGACAUCAGUGGGGCCAAUUUGGACGAGGGCUAUUUCCUCCAGCCGUACCCGCCCAAAUGCCGCUACGCACUGCUCAAGGCAGCCGGGAUGAAGAAGAUCGACAAGGAGGAGAAGAGGCAGCUGCAUGAGCUGAGAAUCUCCAGGGAGAACUGCGGUUGCGACUGCCAGGGCUUUUGCGAGCCUGAGACGUGUAGCUGCAGCCUGGCCGGCAUCAAAUGUCAGAUGGAUCAUUCCUCGUUCCCAUGCGGCUGUACCAAGGACGGCUGCGGGAACACAGAAGGCCGUAUCGCGUUCAACUCCACGAGGGUCCAGACGCAUUACAUCCACACGAUCAUGAAGCUGGAGCUGGAGAAGAGGCUCGAGGAGCAGUCGUGCACCGAGGAGGUGAACACCUUGCCAGCGGUGCCCUCCUUCCCCUUUAGUUCAGAACUAGCGGCAGCUGGAGAGAACAGUUGCAGCAGCGAUAUGACGGACUUAUCGGACUCGUCUGGGCAGAGCGAGGACUCUGAGGCGGGCGAGAGCCGGUGUGAGCGUCGCGCACAGCUGGAUGUGGAUGAGAAGGGCCUGAAGCGCAUUUUGAGCUUCAGCGACACGGGGAACGGCUCCAGAAGUAGCAGGGAGGGUGGCGACUGUAAAAGCAUUCGCUGCCCAGAUCAGCAGCAGCCGUGCACGGAGGCGUUUAGUAGCUUCAGCAUGGUGGACUUUGCGGACGAGAAUGACAAUAUAGAUGCCACGCUGUUGGACGAUCACACGGACAAUCGAGCUGCAGCCAUCUCAGAACUUUUGGACGAUAACGCCAACCAGGGAAACGGCCUGUUCCAUGGCAGUAGUGUGCCACACACGCCCUCCCCGACCGUCGACCGCUCGGCAAGCUACAACAUGGACCUGAGUCUCUCUUCGGAGUCCGACCUGGAGUUUUUUGACGGUUUCCCCUGCUUGGGGCCCAGCUCGCUCUACAACUCCCUCAAGGAGUACGAACACAUGGACAACUUUUUUCAGUUUCAGUUUCCUAGUUACUCCAGCCUCCCUCCGCCGAGCGACCCCGGGACCUGCCUCCUGGAGUCGCUGAUUGGCCUUUCAGAAUCCGUUCCAGAACCCCCUGCCACAUUUACAGACAAUCAGCUGUUGGAGGAAGCCAUGAAGUUGUCUGUGAUGGAGUCUGUGAAAGUUUGACAAAAGGUGAAAAUGUGUGGACGGUGCAAGAACAAAGACAGGAGUUUUGGAGGGGACCGAAGAAAUGCACAUAAGAAGUCAAUGUCGACGUGAUAUUUGGAGGAAGCUGUGAUUUCCCCUCUUGCCUAAUAAAUGUUCAAAUUCAAGACUUGCCUUCAAAACGUUAGCAAAGCAGUUUGGGAUUAUUGCUGUGAGAGAUGGCAGCUAGUGUUAAAAGUGAAAAGAUGCAAAACGGAGAUCAAUUUGACCAGGCCUACAGAAACCAAUGACGGCUCUCAGUUCCUAAGAAAGCUCUUUUAACCAAACCAAGAUCAGCAUCCAGAUGGUAAACAGGAAUCCACCUUAACCGGGGCCAGGCUGGGAAUCUCUACACAGCUGAAUGUGCACCUCAGGGAAUUUUUUCUAGCUUUCUAGCUUUUGGAGGCAAUGUAUGGUGACCAUUGCUGUGAUGGCCUUCAUAUGGAAUCUGAGUCAAAUCACAACAAAGUCCUGUUCAUGUUUUCCCUUUGGGCUUACGCCCAGAUGACUUGAGUAUAGGGUCCUCCCUGUGUUGAAUCUUGGAGCUAGUGGACUCUUUCUCCUCAAGAUCUCCUUUAAGGGUCUUAUAUGGUACACAAAAUCCCUCUAAAAGCUCCUCGAUCAGCACUUUAUCUGUGAAAAUAGUUAUGUAUGAAUAGGCAUUGUUGUGGUUGUAUGGGAUCGAUUCAACAGUCAAACGCUAAAUUAUGGCGUUUCUUAAUUAUGAGCUGGGUAACUAGAAAUAAUGCUGAUGCCAUUUAAAGCUGUAGCUUGUAUUGUCUUUAUUGCUUUUGUUUUAAAUUAUUUCCUUCAUGAUAUUAUUCUAUUUAUUUCCGAUAAACGCCUACUUUCACUCGAGAAGCACUGUGGUUUGAUAUUUUCACCUAAAAGUGCAAUCUUCCUUCCUUCUUUCCCAUUUCAUAUUAAGUCAUUGCUAUGGGAAAUGGGACCACAAGUCCAUCAGAAAGUAUUUAAUAUCUAUUCUCUUUUACAUUUUACCUUUUUUUUGUAACUUAUUACAUCAUCAUUUCAUUUAGCUAUUUAAUUUAAGACAUUUUGGCAAUAAAAUGGGGUGUUGUGAAGUUUACUGGAUGUGCCUGCUUAUCAGGGGAGCCACGCCUGCCAAUGGUGUGUGCACAGUGCUUCCAUUUAAGCUUUGGGACUGAAAACUGUGGAAUCUCCCGAAUCACUGAAACUAAAUUAUGGGUCUAUUGUAUCGCUGCCUAUAAUGUAACAAUAGAAAAUUACACGAAUAUUUUGUAACUAAUUUAUGUAGGGUGAAAAAAAGAAUUCUAAUCACUUACAAAUUGAAUAUUUUAUUAAGAAUGCGAAAUGAGUCAUUUUCAAUCUGGGAGAAGCUUUGUAAUAUAUGAAUUAUAGAGAAAUGUAUACUUAUGAAGGUUAUCGCUCUCUAGCGUUCUAAAGUAUUUUUAAUAGGCAGACUUAUGGUUAGAUAUCUUAGAAAUGCCACUAAAAAAAAUUGCAAAGAUCAAUUUGAUUGUAUUCUGAAUUGCUUGGAAGUCUGUGACUUGGGUUACAAUAUGUACUACAUACCACAUGUAAAGGGGUUUUGUGCAUAACAACUGCAUAUAUUAUACAGUUCUUAUUACAUACAAACCCUAAGAAAAUGAAGCGUUGCCUCAUUCAUAAUAGAACAAGACCUUUCAAAGGUGAUUCUGUCACCAGUGUGAACACUUGAGGACACGAGAGAGUUGAUGUACAUAUCUCACCCUUUCUACGGCUGUUUCAACAGCCUUUCUGGACCCUUUAGAAAAUAUGCAUGCAGGUCCUGUUUGUUAAAACUUGUUCUGAUUAAUUGUAUACUUUGAAAAAGUGCUGAGUGCACAUUGGAAAUGUAUUAUUCGCUUUUUGCUUUUUUAAUUACUUUGAAAUCCAUCCGAUAUAUGUUCUUAUGCCAAGAAGAGGGCACUGAUUUUUGCAAGCAAACAUUUGUUUCUCUUGUAUAAAACAUCAAUUCUCAUAAAGAAAUGGCAACAGUGAGUGUUUAUCAAUGUAAUGUAUUACAGUUCAGCUUUUUUAAAAUUUUAUUUUCAAAAGAACGUGUCUUACUUUUUUGCCUUUUGUGUUGUACAUAUUUCUGCUUGAAUGGUCCUGCAGAGCAAACAAAGCUGCUUUAUUUUUUACAUAUUCACACUUUAACCUGCUGUUAAAAAAAUACUUUCAUCUAAGCCAUUUUGACAGCCUGUCCCUCCAAAUAAUAAUAAAAAAAACAUUUUCUAAA